GGUGACUUUUGGAAAAACACAUCUAAGGAAACUAUUUGACUGAAUACGUAUCAGAAAUCUACACUUUUGGAGCAAUUCAAGCAUCUGAAAUGGCUUCCAAUGGUAAGUUUAAUAUAAAGCGAAACCACUUUUAAAAUGACUGAAUGACAAACUUAUUUGAUUCAAUAAAUUGCAGGGCACAUGAUGAACGGCUAAACAGUUUUAAAUUUUAUGUUUUCACAGCUUUCGAGGAUUCUCUCCUCUAUUUGCCAAAGUCCACAUACCUUGCAGUUGUAGCAAUUGACUUUGGUACCACCUACAGUGGAUUCGCAUUUUCCUUUAUUAAAGAUCAAGGAAGGGAUGCUAUUUUUAUGAACAUGGACUGGGUGAAUGAACAAGGUGCCCAAACAAGCAAAACCCCGACAUGUCUGCUUCUGAAGCCCAAUCUAUCGUUCGACUCAUUUGGAUACGAAGCGAUUGAGAAGUAUGCAGGUCUUGAGGGUGAUGGCGAAGAAAAAGAGUAUCUGUUUUUUAAGCACUUUAAGAUGGCUCUGCACAAAGACGAGGUAUAAAUUAAGCAUUUUGUAACUUAUUAUUAAUAAUGUUAUUAUUAUUACUAUUAUCAUCAUUAUUAUCAUUAUCAUUAUCGUUAUCAUUAUCAUAAUUAUUGUUAUCAUUAUUAUCAGUAUUAUUGUUACUUUGUUAUUAAAAUUGUUUUUCAAUUUAAUCUGUUAAGCUUUCUUUUGCUAACUUAAAUGUUAUUAUUGUUAUUAUUAUUAUUAAUUGUAUUAAUUUUUAUAUAAUGGCGUGAGCUUGUAAAUUAGUGUUUUAGGAUCUUUUAAUAUUUUUAUUUCAUCAAAAUUUUAGUCUGUGAUAGUGGAAUGUAAAUUGACCACAUUUUAAUAAUCAAAAAAAGAUUUUUGUGUUAUUACUUAUUCUUAUAUAUUGAUAUUGAUAUUAUUAUUAUUAUUAUUAUUAUUACUCAACUAUUUUUUUAUUUGCUCGUAUCCGACGUCAUGCGACAUAAAUUAAAGAUGUGAUAAACGGGAUUUCAUGCAUGCUUAUCCCUUUCUUAGUUCCAUCUUUCUGCAACGCAUCUUUACUAAUGGCAUGUUUUACUUUAACAGCUGUUUCAUUUUGUCAAUUUCUCCACACCUGUUUACUCAUAUUUUAAAUCACGCGUUCCCUUAUUUACUUUGUAGUUCCUUAAUCGACGUCUUAUCUCCUUAGUUUCCGAGAGGCUUCGGAGAGCAGACUUUUCAAAAAAAAAAUCGGAAAAAUAAGUGGUGCCAAAUCGUGGUUUUCAUAGUAAUGUGUACUUUAAAUUACAUAACUAAAAUGUUUUGGUUAUGUGCACUUUCGGAGAUAUCCUGAAGAAUAUUAUAAUUUUCAUACCGUUUUUAAAAUUAUUGAGCAAUGUAUUUGAAUAUGAAUCCUUUAGAAAGGUAGAAUGUAUCGAUAUCAUUAUCAAUAUUAGUAUCAUUGUUAUUGUCAUUUCGUUAUCAUUAUCUUUUUUUUUGUUAUUGCAUCACACAACACUGGCGAAGAAAGGGCCAGGACAAAACAAUAAACGAUACAAUUAUAAAUAAUCUCAAUAAAAAAAGGCAAUUCAGAAAAACAGAGCUUGGGAAGGAAACGACGUUGAAACAAAAUGUUCUAUUUCAAAAUAGAAUAUUUGAAGAGCAUCAAAUUUGAAUGCAACGGUUUUCAAAAGCUCUAAAAAUAUACAGAUAUUUCAAAGGUAAGACUGCUUUUGAUGUCCUUUGAUAUUUUUUUAGACACUUGACAUCGAUACGACCAUCAAGGCAGCGAACGGUGAAACAGUAAAGGCAAAGACAGUUUUUGCCCACUCAAUCAGGUUUUUAAAGGAUGAAGCUAUCAAAGUGAUUCGCCAGCGAACCGGAGACGACAAUUACAACACUGACGAUAUUCAGUGGGUGUUAACUGUGCCUGCUAUUUGGACUCCGAAAGCCAAGCAAUUUAUGAGAGAGGCGGCUUAUGAGGUGAGCCAUGGUAUACAUAGCAAUUUCAAUUUCAUAAUGAUAAUCAUGAUAUUGAUAAUAAUAAAUUGCUGAUAAUAACAUGAUAUUGAUAAUAUAAUAAUAAUAAUAAUAAUAAUAAUAUUAUUAUGAUUAUUAUUAUUACUUGUAGUAGCAGAAGUAGAAGUAGUAGUAGUAGUAGUAGUAGCAGCAGCAGCAGUAGCAGCAGGAGCAGCAGCAGCAGCAGCAGCAGCAGUAGUAGUAGUAGUAGUAGUAGCAGUAAUAGUAGUGGUAGUAUUGUUGUUAUUACGAUAACGAUGAUGAUGGUGGUGUUGGUAUUGACAUUGAUAAUGAUAAUAUAAUAAUAAUAAUAAUAAUUUUUUUUAAAUUAAUAAUAAUACUUUAUUAAACUCUUCUCAAAUUGAAAAUAAAGUACAAAUUUAGUAUAACUAUAGUUAAAAAAAGACUUCUUGGUGGUCUGGUGGUUUUCAACAGAGCAAAUGUAAACAACUGUCUAUAAACUAAAAAAAAAGAAAAUUUCUAUGUUCAUCCCAAUGAUAAAUAUAAUAAUUAUUAAAUUUUACUAUUUACAGAUUCAAGAAUAUGAAAUAUUAAAAUAUAUACCCUAUGUACAUUCUUCUUGUGUACGAAAGAGAAUUGUCGUAAAAUGACUAUCUAAAGACUACUAAUAACAAUUAUAAAAAGCAUCAAAAGGUUAAUAAAAAAAAUAAAAACUAUUUAAAAAUAAUAAUUCAAUAAAUAAUAAUAAUAAUAAUAAUAAUGAACUUUUAGAAACUUUUUCAAUAUUGACUUUGGAAACGAAAAGUUUAAAGAUGAGCUUCAGUAUAUAUAGUAUAUAACAAUAAAUUUUACCUAUUCUUGAAAAGUGAAACAUAUUCUCUUAUUUAAAAUCCUAAUAAUGGUGCUUUUCUAUUCAAGGUAGAAAAUAAAUAAUCGAUAUUGUAAGUAUCACAAAUAAAUUAACGUUCUUUUUUUUCCCUAUAUAUUAACUGACAUUAAUUCUUUUUACAAUAACGAUAAUAGGCUGGUGUAGUUUUGGCAAAUAAUGCAGAGCAACUUAUGAUUGCCUUGGAACCAGAAGCAGCGGCUAUUUUCUGUCAAGAGAAAAACUUGAGUGACUUUUAUUCGGAAAGUGGUACCAGAUCUGUUGAUGGGAUGUUGUCAGAACCCAAUACAAACUAUAUGGUCAUAGACAUUGGAGGUGUGUAUGCUGCUAUUUUGUUUCACCCCAUUUAAAGGAGUGUAAAACACUUUUUGAUUCUGUAUUCCACACCUUAGGUUCCGGAUUCCAACUGUUAGUGGGAUCCGCAUUCCUUGAGCUGUAUUCCGGAUUCCAGAAGCGAAGAUUUCCCGGAUUCCGGAAUCCGCUUGACGGUUAAUAAGACCAUAGUUGGAACACUGAUUAGUAGACUCUGGAGUAGAUCUGCUGUUUUUUUAUUGACACUGUUAGAAUUGCCGUUUAUUUUAUUGUUUUAUGUUCUUAUGAGUGUGUGUCAAUUUUUUUUUGCCCAGGAGGCACGCUUGACGUCACCGUUCAUGAAAUUGAUGACGACGGUAACAUAAAAGAGAUUUACCAGGUGACAGGCGGUCCUUACGGGGGAAUCAAAGUGAAUGAGCAGUUUGAAAGUCUCUUGGAUGAGUUGUUUGGGGAAGAAAAGCUCAAGCAGUACCGAGAGCAGUUCCCAAGUGAUUGGUUGUCUUUGAUGAACGAAUUUGAAGGGAAAAAGCGUGGAAAACGUAUCUUGGACAGUAGCUUGAUGACAAAUAUCCGACUCCCACGCAGUUUUGUGUCAUUGGUAACUCAGUCCCGAAGUUCUGCAAUGGAGCGCUAUGGGAGCAGGGAAAUAAAGUUAAAAAACAACGAAUACCUCUCCCUCAGUUCAGGAAUGAUGAAGAAAUUGUUUACUCCUGUAGUGGAUCAAAUUAAAGAACAUGUAAAAUCAUUACAAAGGAAACCACAGCUCGCGAAAGUACAAACUAUGCUCCUUGUUGGAGGUUUCGCUGAUUCUGCAUUCUUACAAGAAGAAAUAAAAAAAGAAUUUUCAAGAAAAUGCACAGUCCUUAUUCCCCACCACGCCAACGCUGUAGUUGUCCAGGGUGCUGUGAUGUUCGGCAAAAAGCCAGCAAAGAUAACGCAAAGAGUCACGAGCACAACAUACGGUGCUGACUGCACAAGAAAUUUCAUUGAGGGAUUUCAUCCAGAGGAGAAGAAGUUUCUCGUUGAUGGUAUCGAAAAGUGCCAUGAUAUAUUCAAUCGUUUUGUAAAGGAGAAUGAAGUUGUUAAAGUUGGUGAAAGAAUAAAGAAAACGUACCAUCCACUGAGACCGAACAGAAAAACCCUAAGUUUUGGCUUCUACAUCACAAGCAACCCUAAUACUCAAUACACUACCGAUCCUGGAGUAACUAAAAUUGGAAGUCUGAAGGUCCAGUCUCCUGAUACAUGGAGAGGUAAGGACAGGGACAUCGAGGUCAGUAUGUAUUUUGGUGGAACGGAAAUUACCGCCACGGCCUGGGAUAUUUCAAGUGGUAACAGAGCGCAGACAACAUUAGACUUUUUCUGUCGAUCUUAGACACUGAAAAAAAGAACAAAUAAUUACUGUAAAACAGACUCGCGUGAACUCCUAACUGUUCCUUAAGAGCUUUUUACCUUUAUAUUCUUUAGGAGCAUUCGGUGUUUUUACAUCAAUUAAAAAGAAGAGCUUAAAGCAGCAAUCUUGGAUUUCACAUAAAGCCAAUAUACUGCUACACUUGUAUUUCGUCUUAACCUGGAUUUGUUUUACUUGUUUUGCAUUAAUUUUCCAGUAUCUCUUUACAUAGAAAAAGAAUUGAAUUAUUGUAAUUAUGAUUAACAAAGGGUGUUUAUCUUAUUCAUAUAAUUAGCAAACUGACAGUCCAACUAUAAUGUGUCUCAGGAAUGGAGGAAGAGCAACCAAAGGCUGUAGCUUUUGACUAAUAUUAUUAAUCGAGCUUUGUAAAACUAGGGAAAAGCAUUAUUAGGGAGUGGUGAAAUUGUCGUACCCCUACAGAUUUGCAUUGUAUACUUGAUAUGUACAAACCUGAGUUUUAUGUAAUGUUAACAAGUUAAGUGACUGAACAAUUGCUUUUCCCUACGGCCCUCUAACAUUGAUCGCUAUAGCAUGAGGGUCCAAGCAUUAUACA